AAUACCGUCAGCAAGUUUCUACUUCCCUGUUUCUAAGCCAGGGGAAGCUGUCGAAAAUAUGGCUGCUCGUUUUCUAGAAGAUUACCUGUCUCGGAAUCCUUGGCGAAACCCGCAAACAGAUCAUUCUGUCCAAUUAUUACGACCGAGCUAUUCGCCAAACUAUUUUUCCAUAGAAGACAUUGUUCUCCAGGAUGUCAGAGUAUCGUGCAAGUUUGAAGUCUCUGUUCCCAAGUUGGGCAUGCUAGACCAGUCAGCUGAUGACCAAGACCUCAAACAAGGCAGUAAAGUUGAAUUGCCUUUUUGGAUGGUACCAACUCUUCAUGCCAAAAAAGUCAUCACAUUUGAAAUUCCUAGACACUACAAAGUCAACUAUAGACAGAUCCUUCAAGCUGAUAGCAUAGUUGUUGAUCUCCACAAGUGGGGUCCCUAUUUCUAUGAUCUAGGCCAGCAUGUGGCUAACCUGGAAUUGAAGGAUUCCAUCGACAUCAAGAAAAGCCUUGUUCAGACACUUCUUAACCGACUAAGGCACAUUAUGGACAUGUCCCAGCAUUCCACGCACCAUGAGACAGUACAUCUUAUUGCCAACUUGGAUGAAUUAGAGAGGAAAUUGUUUGCAGUGGGCCAGUUAAGCUACAGAAGCUACAAGGAAUGGGUUCGAAGAGAAUCUAGCAAGAUCAACACAGCUGCUCUUGUUGCCAGUCACAGAAAAAGGAAAUUUGCUGAAGUUACAAUUUAGAAACAAUUACCAGUUUGUCAGAUGUAUUUUGGCCCCUAUCUAAUCAACAAUUAUAUUGAGCAACUAUGAAGGUCGGCACAGUCAAUCGAAAGCAAUGAACUCGUUAAAGGUAGAAAAAAGGACACAUUGGAAAAGAAUCCCUGGUGGUAGCAAAAAAUGGAUAUGUUGAGUCCCUGUUAAAAUAACUGCUACUCAUCCUUUGAAAGUAUUUUGCCGCGCAAAUGUCAAUUGAAUAGAUUAUCUCUUAAACUUUUAA